AUGGUUCACCACAUUGCUUCAAACGACGAGCUACAGAAACUCCUCUCGUCAACAACAUAUGUCGUAGUUGACUUCUUCGCAGACUGGUGUCCUCCCUGCAAGGCCAUCGCCCCCGUCUACGAGCAACUCUCCACCAAGCACAGCGUCCCCGAUGUUUUGGCCUUUGCCAAAGUCAACGUGGACCAUGUCCAGGACGCCGCACAACAGUAUGGUAUCACUGCCAUGCCCACCUUUAUGUUCUUCAAGGAAGGGAAGCAGGUCGCCGUCAAUGGCCAGGCCGUGAUCAAGGGUGCUGAUCCCAGAACGCUGGGAGCGGCUGCUGAGAAGCUGGGCGGCCUAGCACAAAAGCGAGUUGCUGGCGCUUAA